UACGCUGUUAUUCGCUCAAAUUUUUAGAGUAAACCCUGUUUGAAGCUGUUCCUUUUAAAUGAUAAUGUCUCUACGACCAAAACUGCGCCAGCUAAAAAUUUAAAAAGCUAGUAUUUAGCUUCACUUUUAUUCCACCUACAAGUUGAUCAUUUCAAGUAGCAAACAACUUGAGACGGAUGAAAAAACGUUCUCCUCUUGAAUAGCGGGUGGUACAUCAGCGCCUUUCAAAGGACCAUCAAUCAUGGCAUUUAUCUGAAACUUACACUUAGAGGUCAAAAAUUAUGAAAACAAUUACAACACUCAUUACAGCUGAAAAACAGACAAGUGGAUUUGACACUAAUUUUGGGAUUUUUUAUUAAUCUUACCAACUGCCAAGAGCUUGCAAACUCCUUCCUCUUGUUCUGAUUUGAAAAUUACUCUCUUACGAAUUUUUAGCCAGUGUUUAUAUCACUCGAUAUCAAAUACUCUUGUCGUCUCUUCCUUUAACAAAUUUCAUUCAAAAGUGCUUCGAGAGGGUAAAUAUCGCAAAUUUUAUUUGAAAAAAUCUCCGUUCUAUUUAGAAAUUCAAUUUUUUGAGCAAACACAUUACGUUAGUUUCAUUUAUCAAGGUCUCGUCAACUUCUGAUACAAUCUUGGUUAUUUUUCUGCUGAACUUUCGUAUCAAAACCGGUUUGUUCAGCCCGUUUUUGUUAUCUAUUUAUACCAUACUUUCCGUCUUUCUGUAUUCUUGAUGGCAUACAUACAAAAGCUAUUAUGCUCUGACUUCCUAAACUAGUAGAUACAAUACUUUUAUAUAUAAAAGAAAGUCUUUUAUGGGCAGUAUUUAGCAUUGAUCUCUUAAUCUUCGUGUUGUGCGCUAGUCUCUAAAAAAACUAAUCCACAAAAGCUUUUUCCGCCCUCAUUAUUUAAAACCCGAGAUAGCUUUUUUGACCCUACUCAAAAUCAUCAGGUCAAAAGAGUUUUAAAUUUUGACAUUAACUUUUGAAUUAUUUUGAAUGACGUAAUCAGAAUCAGAUGAAUUAUUCUCAAUGACAACAAUGUCUUUCUAGGCUUUCCUCUUGAAAGAUUCCUGAUAGCUUACUUUUUUCAUCAUUAAAUUUAGUAUAAUAGAUUGCUGCCCUUACAUAACAAAGCAAUCACAUAUUCUGAGCCAAUUCAUAAUAUAUUUCGAAAGCUGAAAAAUAUCUGAUUUCUGAUACCGUGGAACUGUCAACUGACACAGUGAAACUCAAUUUGUUUAAAAUUGCGUCACUUCAAAAAAAUUGCCAUGUCGCUAGUACGAAUUGUCAAUUUACGACUUAAGCAAAAGCCUUGACAGAUUGAUUUUGCCCCUAAAAGGCAAAAAGUGAUUUUCACGUCAACUACGAUUUAUUUUCCUUUUCCACUUUCGCAUAUAGAGACCCAGUUAUAACUGAUUGUAACCAAUAAAUCAGUGAAAACUAGUUUGUUCAAAAUGCACUGGCUCUACCCUCUCAUAGACGGGAUGUUCAUCCUCGUGACCCUCGUCCUCAACUCCUCCCUCUUAUACGUCAUCAAAGUCAGAUGGCAGACUCUGAAAUCAGCCAGAGUGAACACUCUCAUCUGUCACUUGGCAGCCGGCGACAUCAUAGUGGCAUGUACAACCAUGACUUUCUCAUUCAUAGCCAUAACUACAGACACCAAGUGGAAGUUCGGACUCUUCUUCUGCAAGCUGGGGAAAUUCAUUGAAGUUGCUGCACCAAGUGCCACUGGGUUCCUUGUGGUCAGCAUGACCUUGGAUCGCUACUUCGCCAUAGUGAAACCCUUGAGUUUCUACCUGUCGAGAAACUACGUGCAUAAACAGACCAUUCUAUCAUGGAUAUUUGCAGUCAUGCUCUCCGUGCCCCAGUUUGUCACUGCUCAGGUGGACCCUGAGAGCGGGAUGUGUAAUGUGCCCCCUGGGUGGAUUUCCAGCUGGCGAUUCAGAGUGUAUCUUUCUCUGAUCAUAACCCUCAUAUUCGUCACCCCCCUCACCCUCUCAAUCUUCUGCUAUUCCAAAAUCAUACGCAAACUCUCCCAAAAGGCCAGGAAUUACGGCCAGCAGAUUGACAUCAACCAGACAUUCGUGAACAGUCACAAGAAACUACUCGCCGCCCGCAAAAAAACAACCUUGAUGACGAUAUGUGUCAUAGCAAGCUACUUCCUCUGCUGGGGGGCAUACUUCCUGGCCGCUUUCAUGGACUGCUGGUUCCAUACCCAGUUUCCCUCUUAUGUUUGGAUAACAGUGAAAAACAUGGUGUUUUUCAAUUCUAUCUGCAACCCUAUCAUAUAUGGAGUCUUCGCAAUUCGACGCGGUGAUCAAUCGGCUAGCAAUAUGUGUGCUUCAUACCAUGCAUUCCUCAGAUCUGGACUUCAAAGAUGCAGUCACUGUAAGCUUAGGCCGACGACAAGACAAGCAGUCCAGAAUCAAAGAGAAAACAACAGAUCACGACCGACUCAAAAGAAAGGGUCAGAGAGGAGCAAAUCUACCAUUUUUUCAGUUUCUGGAAAAGUCCAGAGCUCAGCAAUGCCGUCUGAUACUUGACAACUGCAAAAACUAUUCAAUUCUACUCGUAGUCAAAAUCUAAAUUUUCGAGAACUCAUUUCUUGUUUGCCAAAAAGAUUCACGUGCUACUACAUCAAAUGAAAGGCUUCGAAGGCACAAAGUUCCAUUACUAGGCCAAGCGAUUGGCGCUUCGUACAUCCGUGGAAUCCGUUUAUCGUUUAGUGUUUUUGUUAGAAAUAGAAAAAUCUUUUUACCUUAUCUACCGCCUAUUGAGUUGUAAAAUCAGAUUUAUUUAGCCCCUGUAAAGGUGAAUAAUUCAGAGAGUAGUAUAAGAACCAUUAAAAAUGAAAUCUGAAAAAGAUGCUCUCAAACUGCCAUUUUUUACGUGAUUUAAGCUUUUCCUCUAAUA